GUGUUUAUCCGCGUCUCGCUCGCACCGACCGCGUCGCGUCGCGCCUCUGAGGUGCACUCGCUGUUCCUAUUAUUUUCGUGACGGGUAUUGCGCCGAAGCCGAUUCCCGCAUCCUCGCCCCCGAGACGCGAGGUCCGGUCUCGCGGCGGAGGCGGCGGCGACGGCCGUUCGCAUCGCGCGCCAGUCCGCGCCCGAGGCCGACUGUCGCAUUGGUCCGUGCCUACGAAACAUUUGGUGUUUGUCGUCGAUGUGUUGAAAUUGAAAAUGCGGCACGUUCCGAGUGCGUAUCACGGUGGGUGAAGAGCGCCCGGCCACGGCUUGAAUUUCAUCGGUAUCGUGACGUGUUUGGUGACAGUGAGUGGAUUGUGUAUUGGCGUGCCGAUGAUACACGUGAAUGUGGAUGGAGUUCGGAGCGGUGUUGGAAGAUGCAUUUCAAAGAGUCGUUCGCGAUGAGCGAUCGACCGAACGAGCGUGGCCGCCGCAACUCCCGCUGCAAGGGUGCUGGCGUCAAGAUGGAGCACUUCCAAGCGGCGCUGGAUCCUCGCAAGCAGGAGCUGCUGGAAGCGCGCUUCCUAGGCGCCAAGGUCAGCACAAGGGAGAUACUAGUAGAAACUCGGCGGACGCCCGAAUACAAAUCGAUGUCAGCUGGGUCACAAAUUCAGAUGGCACCACAAACCACUGUCAACACGGGGCAACCUCUACACAAUCAGGACUCCAAUAUGAGCACAGGGUCAUCUCAUAGUGAUAAAGAAGUUGACGCUUUAACUCCGGAAAAGUCUGCCGCUAUGCGAGGCUCCACUGCUGCUCCAGGCACUGCGUUAGUACCCCCGAGUGGUGCCACACCUACUAUAGCCAUGCCAGAAAGAAAAAGGAAACGGAAAGGAGAAGAAGGCGUAGGCGGCGGCGGGGGCGGCGGCGGUAAACAAAGGCACAAUUCAUCUGACAAAAAUUUUAGGGAAUAUUUCUCGAAACACCCCUCUUCGAGUCCUGUAAGGCAUGCCGGUGCCAAGUCGCCAUCCCCGCAGGGCGCGAAUUAUCCUAUGUACCCACCGUCACCCUCGUCGAUAAUGCCUCCCGGUGCCGAUUUUUUACGUUCGGCAUCUCAGCAACGACCCCACACAUCUGUAAAACAGGUUCAAACAGAACUGACAUGCCAGAGGAUACAGGAGUUAGAAACUCAAGCGUCUUCUGACUUAGAAGUAAGAAAUAAUAAAAUAGAUGAAUUAACAAGAUCUAAUGAAGAAUUGAAACAUCAAGUGCAAGCACAGAGCAAGGUAAUAGAUCAACAUAAAUCACACAUCAAUAAAUGUAUAGAAGUUGUAAAGAAAUUGUUAAAUGAGAAAAGCACAAUUGAGAAGAAAGAGGCUAGGCAGCGGUGCAUGCAGAAUAGACUGAGGCUUGGCCAGUUUGUGACGCAGCGCGUUGGCGCCACGUUUCAAGAGAAUUGGACUGAUGGAUACGCAUUUCAAGAAUUAACAAGGCGGCAAGAAGAAAUAACAGCAGAAAAAGAAGAAAUAGAUCGUCAGAAAAAGUUGUUAUUUAAAAAGAGGCCAGUGAACAAUGAGGGCGGUGGUGGUCGAGGCAAGCGAGCGUCCAGCGCCGCGCCCAGCACGCCCCAGCCGUCACCGCUACACAACGGCACGGAUGCACCCACCUUCCUCAAACCAGACCCGCUACCCAGCAUGACCUAUCAGGAGUAUUAUGAAGCUGAUGAAAUAUUAAAGUUGAGACAGAGUGCACUUAAAAAGGAAGAUGCGGACUUGCAGCUAGAAAUGGAAAAGUUAGAACGAGAAAGAAAUCUUCAUAUUAGGGAAUUGAAGCGAAUACACAAUGAAGAUCAGAGCCGUUUCUCACAGCAUCCUGUGCUCUCUGAUCGGUACCUGCUGUUGAUGUUGCUCGGCAAAGGUGGCUUCAGUGAAGUCCAUAAGGCAUUUGACCUACGAGAGCAACGAUAUACUGCGUGCAAGGUGCAUCAACUCAACAAAGACUGGAAGGAAGAUAAGAAGGCCAACUAUAUCAAACACGCAUUGAGGGAGUACAACAUUCACAAAGCAUUAGACCACCCUCGAAUUGUAAAAUUAUAUGACGUAUUUGAAAUUGACGGCAACUCGUUUUGUACAGUGCUUGAGUACUGUAAUGGACAUGAUCUCGAUUUUUAUCUCAAACAGCACAAGACAAUUCCGGAGCGCGAGGCUCGCUCUAUCGUGAUGCAAGUUGUGUCAGCGUUGAAGUAUUUAAACGAGAUCAAGCCCCCAGUGAUCCACUAUGACUUGAAGCCGGGCAACAUCCUCCUCACAGAGGGUAACGUCUGCGGCGAGAUCAAGAUCACUGACUUCGGCCUGUCCAAAGUGAUGGACGAAGAGAAUUACAAUCCCGAUCAUGGGAUGGACUUAACGAGCCAGGGAGCAGGCACUUAUUGGUACCUGCCGCCUGAAUGCUUCGUUGUCGGUAAAAACCCACCAAAGAUCAGUAGCAAGGUGGACGUUUGGAGUGUGGGAGUAAUCUUCUACCAGUGUCUAUAUGGCAAGAAGCCGUUCGGACACAACCAAAGCCAGGCCACCAUACUGGAGGAGAACACAAUACUAAAGGCGACCGAGGUGCAGUUUGCUAACAAACCUACGGUCAGCAAUGAGGCUAAGAGCUUCAUCCGGGCGUGCCUGGCGUACCGCAAGGAGGAGCGCAUCGACGUGUUCGGUCUGGCGCGGCACGAGUACCUGCAGCCCCCCAUGCCCAAGUCGCGCGGCGCCGGGGGCGCGGGCGGCGGCAGCGCGGGCGGCGCGGGCGUGGCGGGCGGCGCGGCGGUGCAGGCGGCGGCCUUCAGCUCCAACAUGUUCGGCGCGGGCUCGUCGUCCUAGCCGCGCCGCCGCCGCCCUCGCCAGCCGGCGGCGCAGUGACCUGUAUAUAGUGUAGUCGGACUGUCGCGUCGCCACGCGCGGGGCCGGCGCGGGCGCCCGUGCCCGGUGUCGUUCGACUCUCGUAGACGUACUUUUUAGUUUUGAAACUUUGUCAGUUAAUAUCCAGAGUUGUAAAAUGACUAAAUAUCAUUUACAGAUAAAUUGUUUAAGAUUAUGCUUACUGUUGACUGUAUUUAUUGAGCAGGUGAUAAAUUGUGAUUCUCCAUUUGUGAAUGGUUUUAUCCUUUUAUCACUAAAGAGGAAUCCUUGGGACUAUCCCUUGCAUAUUAUAUAAGUUAUCCCUAUUAAAAAAGUUAAAAAUAUUA